GCACUCAUUAUAACGUCGGAGCUGUGCAAAUAUCUAGGCUUGUUGUUUCAGUUGUCAAAUACUCCAACAAUGCGCUUCGUUACAGCUUUGCUUCCUUCAUUACUUCUUGCCGGAGCUACCGGCGCGUUGGGAGCGUCAUGGAGCUUUGACGAAGGUACCAUAACAGUGCAGACCAAAGGAGCUGGUGUUGGCGGCGGAUACAAGGACAAACUUUCUCCAUCUACCACCUUGUCCCAACCCAUCAACCUUGGGCCCUCGGAUAACCUCAAGAUCCUUCUGACAGCCAAGGAAGGCUCAUCCACGCAACGGCCUCACCAAGCUUUUCUACAAGUCGGAGAUGCCGACAAUGGCCUAUCUAUUUCCUACGCCCUUAACGUGCGCGAUAGUGGCAAAGCCAAGCUCGAACUGAGCCAGAAGGACAUUCCCGCGCAGCUCAUUGCAUCUUCGAAGCCUCUCCACGCCACUCUCCUUCUCGGCUCAUGGGGCACGUCGACACCAUACAGCAAACAGCUGUUCGACCUCAACGUUCUCAAGGAUCCUAAGACGCCCAUUGCCGGCGCGCAGAAGCCCCUCCGCUACGGAGCCCUCGAGGAGAUUCACCACAUUUUCCGCGGUGAUCCGAAGAGCCCUCCAAUCAUUAUCACUGCGGUUUUUACCUUGGUAGUUGCUGCCAUCCUGCCAGUUUUGUUUGGCGCGUGGAUCUUCCUUGGCGCCAAUCUCAACCACUUGUCCCGCGCCUUGUCCAACGCUCCGGUAUCGCACUCGCUCUUUUACUCCUCUAUCGUUGCCCUCGAAGGCAUUUUCUUCCUGUACUAUACCAGCUGGACACUGUUUCAGACUCUGCCUGCCGUUGUGGCCGUUGGAUUCGUCACGUUUCUAAGCGGCAGCCGAGCCUUGUCUGAGGUGCAGGCGCGAAGACUUGAUGGAUUGCGGUAGAUAGUCCAAUUCAUUACAAAAGAUUAUCGAUGACGGUAUAUGACAGACAUAUAUCACAUCCGAAAAUAUAUACAAAUUAAAAAAGUUUCCCAC